AUGGGCGGCUCAAGCAGCAGACAAACGCCGUCUGCGGCGGUAACCGCGAACGUUGUCACCUCAGAGGAAAUGGUGCCAAGCACGACCGAGUAUAAUCAGUACAUUAGGUUUCGUGACCAGCUUCUGAACUUUGCGCUCGGGGAGAGCGCCUUUGACUACACAGAGCGACUCUUCACCCAGAAACCUGACAGCCCUGAGGUCAUGGCACUACUAGCAGAAACGGCCUUUCUGUAUGACAAGACGAAGAACAAGGUGUCGCGGGAGCACUGGUGCGAUCGUCUGGACCUCUUGCAGCGCGGCGUCGACGUGAGCCGCAAGUGCAUCAAUGAGAACAAGGAGUACGGCCCGUGCUAUCGCACCUACGUUAUGUGCGCCACACGCGAGGCAGAGGCCCUCUACUACAUGAAGAGCCUCACGGGACUGGGGCUUGUGGAGAACUACCAGGCGAUCAUGCGGAGGGGUCUCAAGGGGAUGGAGCUGCUGCCAACGGACGCGGAGAUACCCAACACCCUCGGAGCGCUCUGUGCUCGCUGCUCCUUCCGCUGGUACGAUCCGUCACGGGUGUACGCGUGGUACUACGGGCUGCCGCCAAACCGCAGACUGCUUGAGCUCAGCGUGAAGUUCCACAAGAAAGCGUGCGAGAACGACCCCUUGAACCUCGAGUACGCCUGCCGUUUGGCGCAGGCCUACUUCCACUUAGGUGAUCUGGCGAAUGCGCGACGGUGGUACGUGAAGGUGCGCGACGAGAUGCCGCCGCAGGAGUUGAAGGAUGAAAAGUGGCAGGGCGUCGCUCACACGCAGUUGUCCACCGCAUUUGUGAAGCCCAAGUGGAAUGUACCCUUUGCGUGA